AUGACGCGAGCGCAAACAGCCGGUGACAGUGCGGACGCAGACGGGUUAACCGAAGAUGCCAUGGGCCGUGCAAUACCGAAUAGAUUCACGACACUCUGCGAAGAAGAGCUAAAGAAGCAAGGGAAGUCUUUCUACAGAGCAGAUAGAAUGCGGCUGAGACUGCUGCUGCUCUUCCAGCUGGUCUUCUCAUGUCCCGAUGAAUGCCGGUGUGACACAAGACGCAAGAUCGUCUUCUGUAACGACAGAAAUUUUAAUUCCAUUCCUGCCGGCAUUCCAUCCGACACAAAGCAACUCCAUUUACAGGAGAACGAGCUCUUCGACGAUGACGAGUUAGAUCGCCUUUUGAAGCGUUUGACAAGUUUAGAAAGUCUGAAGCUCUUCAACAACAAACUAACACGCGUUCCAAGGCUCAACUCGAAAGUGCUUCGCGAGAUCUACAUCAACCGAAACAGAAUAUCCUCCGUCACGAGCAGCUCAUUUGAAAACUGUCCGAAGCUGGCGGUGAUUGUGCUUGACGAGAACGAACUCACAAGCGAGUCGAUCGAGGCUGGAGCUUUUGCAUCGCUUACAGAAUUGCGAAGAAUCAGCUACGCUCGGAAUAAUGUUGAAGUAUUUCCAGCCGGAAUGCCUUACUCUUUGAAAGAAAUCUACGCGCCACAUAAUGGAAUGGCAAAAAUACCUGCGACAACGCUGAGUCAACUCAUGAACGUGGAAGUCCUUGAUUUGAGCCACAAUCAGUUGACUGACGAGUCCUUCGGAGGAGAAUCGUAUGGCCUCGCCAAUUUGGUCAAUUUGCGAAAGAUCUAUCUUAGUUACAAUCGACUGCAACAUUUUCCAAAGCAUCUCUCAUUUACAACAGAGUCAGUGUAUUUGAACGCAAACCAGCUUACCGCUAUUGCGAUGACCGAUAUUGAACAUCUUACUAAUCUGAGAAUGCUCGAUCUCGCGCACAACCAACUAUACUCUAUCGAGCCUGGAACUCUACGAAAUCUGAGAAGCCUCACCAACAUCGAUCUUUCAGGAAAUAAUUGGUGGUGCGAUUGUUUCUUGCUGGAUCUUUGGGAGUAUUUAAAAUCAUCUGGCGUGCAUCAUGGAGCACAAGACUCUCCAAAAUGCCGGGAUCCUCGCAAUUCUGCGCUACGAAUCGACGAGCUCAAUCAAAGUGAUUUUGAAUGUAGCCCGAUCGAAUUCGGAUUGCUCAAAGAAAACGGCAACAUCAAAUUGGAAAUAAACGAGUUCGACAUGCCAUCUUCUCCCGAUGUUAGAGUGCAUCUUCAAAAUAUACAAGGAAACCACUCUGUUUCCAUGGUUCUUACGGAAGCUUCAACGGUUUUGAAGACGUUAGAACCAUCGACGGCUUAUAGGAUCUGCCUCUACAAUUUUUACGCCAUGGAGAGCUCUCGCCUCCCUGAAAGCAUGUGCAGUCUAAUUCACACGCCUUACAGCCAGGAGGUGGACUAUUCGGCCACGAUGGAAGCGAUUCCACGAUCGAGACAGCUCGAGCUUGUUGUCGGCAUCGUGACUGGUCUCAUUUUGAUGACGGUUAUUCUUGCUGUGUACUUCGUAUGCUGGAGAAAUGGUCAUCUCAGCGAUCACAAAAAAUAUCACUCACCGCUUGCACAAAGCCAGAAUUUUUUGCAGAGCAGAUCCCUCGAUCGCAAAGCUGCAUUUACUGGUGCUCACUCGACAACAUCAACGACCUUCCAGCUCGCAUCAAUCACUUCGCCUGGGCUAGAGCUUACAGCUGAUGCAUCGAAAGAGUUCGAUGUUACUCUGAUGCUUCGCAAUCCCAUGAUCCCCGAUCCGAGAAGUAGUUUUCACAGUCACGGAGCUUGCUCGUCUGACAACACAUCAGACGGUGCAUAUCAUACUAUGACCUCAUCUGUACACCACCACCAUUCGGUCCCUCAUCAUAAUAGGGCUGAGAGUAUCGGUGUCUUCGUCUAA